AUGAAGACAUGGAGCAAUCUAUCACUAGAUCAAGGUGGCAGCCGAGAGAUGGCUACGAAGCAAGCAUGCCAUUCUUUCAGUCAGCGGAGAAAGGAGUCAAAAGUCGGAUACAAAGUGGGAAAAUACGGCCUCGCCGGACGGAAAGGGGAACAACAUGUUGGGUUCAGGUUCUGGCAGAGAGAAUUCACCUUCGCAGAGAAGCAAUGGAAGCGCCAGAAAGAAGCCGUUCAAGCUUUCCUCGACGAAAUGGGCGAUAAGAAGGUCCGCGAUCCGCUCCAGCCCCCUGUUCCUGUCGAUUAA